GAGAGAGUUAAACGAUUAAACGAAAGGCACAGCACAAUAAUACAAAUUAAGAAAGAUGAAGAUGAUGAUAGGAUAGAAAAAGAAGCUCAGAAGGAUGUUAGCAAUGGCGUUGUCACUAACACUUCCUUCAAUUUCCUCUUCACAUUCACAUUCUCUUCCAACCUUGACCUAUAAUCUUCAUCACCCCAACUCUUUCUUUACCAACGGAACAAACUUCACCACCAAGCUCACCACCACCACCCAUCGACGAAUACUUUCCUUCGUUCCCUAUGUUGGGAAUGAAGAUUCUGAACUUGGUGUUUCAUCUACACAGCAACUUGAUAGUGAUGAUGAUGAUGAUGAUGAUGUUGAUGAAGAACCACCAACCCCUCAAGACCUUGAAUAUGUUGCCCAAAUCAAAAGGGUUUUGCAGCUUCUUAAGAAAAACCGGGACAUGCUUUUCGGGGAGGUCAAACUAACCAUAAUGAUUGAGGAUCCCAGAGAUGUUGAAAGAAAAAGAUUACUUGGUAUUGAAGAUGACGGCCCAACAAGAGAUGAUCUAGUUGCCGCUUUGGAAGAAGUGAAUGAAGGGAGAAUUCCAAAGGAUAGAGUUGUUCUCCAGCUACUCGCUGAGGAAAUGAACGCAUGGCCUAAUUUAGAGGUUGAACUUGAACCAAUAAAGAAAAAACCCAAAAAAAAGUCUCUAUAUGCAAAAACCACUGACACUGGAAUCGAUCCAAAAGUGGCUGCAAAGAGACUAAACAUUGACUGGGAUACUGCUGCUGAAAUUGAAGAUGUGGAUACCGACGAUGAAUCAGACGUGCCUCCAGUAUUGGGAUAUGGAGCACUAUACUUGGUUUCAGCAUUUCCUGUUAUUAUAGGUGUUUCAGUAGUUUUGAUUUUGUUUUACAAUUCCCUCCAGUAGGUAGGAACUGAUAGUAUUGCACUCAGAUUCAGUGUAUAAUAUUACUAACUAUAUUGAAAUGAGUUUGUAUAUCACAGUGUUCAUCUAACAUCAGACAGGGUUGUUUGUUUGAGCUAGUUUGAAUAAACUUCUCAACAAGAUCUUAUGAAAUAAGAAAUAUCAAAAGAAUUUUGUAAUAACUA